GAAGGAGGCAUAACGUGUUAUGGUGAAACAAAAGGAGUUCCCAAAUCGAAAAUGUCCGAGUUGAAGAAUGGUCGAUCUAAAAGCUAUAAAGUGAGCGAUAAUAUGUCGAAAGUUGAAUUCACGAACAAAGAAAAAGACAAAUGGAAAUCUAGCAACACCAGCUCUGAACCAGAAACCCCUGAAGUUCCUAGUGUAUCAUUUAUAUCGCUGUUCCGAUUUGCAACGCUAAAAGAUAAAUUCUUUAUAUUUUUUGGACUGCUGUUCUCAAUAACAUGCGGGAGCAUGACUCCAGUCAACACGUUGCUAUUUGCAUCACUUCUCCAGAGCAUGGUGGACUAUGGACGCUCUGUUAUCAUGGGGGCUCCAGAACCCGAUGUGUUUCUGACAGCAGUCAGAGACUUUGCAAUUUGGAACAGCGUGGUCGGGAUAGUUCUCGUUAUACUAUCGUAUUCUGCAACAGUUUUGAUGAACUUUGCUGCUUUUAACCAGAUAUAUAAAAUACGACAAGAAUAUUUAAAAGCUGCGUUAAACCAAGACUUCGAAUAUUUUGAUACACACCAGACUGGUGACUUCGCAUCCAAAAUGACUGACGAUGUUAUCAAGCUAGAAGAUGGAAUCGGCGAGAAGUUUGGGACAUUCGUGUUUUACCAAGCUGCUUUCGUCAGCUCCAUAAUAAUGGCGCUGAUAAAAGGCUGGAAGCUAGCCUUGGUGUGCCUGGUGUCAUUUCCAAUCACGCUAUUUCUCGUUGGAUUGGCUGGCUUUAUUGCAUCAAGGCUUUCAAAAAAAGAAGCCAUAGCAUCCGGUAAAGCUGGUUCUAUUGCUGAAGAGGUUAUAUCAUCAAUACGAACUGUGUAUGCGUUCAGUGGACAACAGAAAGAACUAGAGAGAUAUCAAGUCCAUUUAGAUGACGCAAGAAAUAUUAACAUAAAGAAGGGUUUUUAUAAUGGUUUUGCUAUGGGAACGUUGUUCUUCUGCAUAUUUUGUUCGUACGCCCUUUCAUUCUGGUUUGGGUACAGGUUUAUGGUCAACGACCCAGAUAAUUACGAUGUUGAUACUAUGAUAUCUGUGUUCUUCGGUGUAAUGAUGGGAUCGGCUAACUUCGGGAUAUCUUCGACGCUUAUGGAAGUGUUCGGAGUAGCUCGUGGUGCUGGAGCUCAGAUAUUCAAUCUUAUCGAUAACGUUCCUUACAUCAACCCCUUGGUGAACCGUGGAAUAGUCCCCAGCUCAAUAGAAGGAAAUAUAGAACUGCAUAAUGUUGUAUUUAAUUAUCCAUCACGGCCUGAUGUACCGGUCUUAAAAGGCGUCAGUUUAACAGUGAAGCGUGGUCAGUCUGUGGCUCUGGUUGGGCACUCCGGUUGUGGAAAAUCCACCAUCAUUCAGCUCAUAUCCAGAUAUUAUGAUACAAUUGAUGGAAGUGUGAGUAUAGACGGAAAUGACAUUCGCAACUUGUCAGUGCGUUGGCUUCGGGAGCAGAUUGGUCUGGUUGGUCAGGAGCCAGUGCUUUUCAAUACGACCGUGCGGGAGAACAUCCGAUAUGGACGGGAAGGCUGCUCUGAUCACGAAAUAGAAGAGUCAGCGAAGCAGGCUAAUGCACAUCAAUUUAUAAUGAAGUUGCCUAAUGGCUAUGACACACUAGUGGGUGAGCGCGGUGCGUCUCUGUCGGGCGGACAGAAGCAGCGUAUCGCAAUCGCGCGCGCUCUCGUCCGUAACCCGAGUAUCUUGUUGCUAGACGAAGCCACCAGUGCUCUUGAUACUUCUUCCGAAGCUAAAGUACAAAAGGCUUUAGACAAGGCUGCUGAAGGUCGAACAACAAUUGUUGUAGCUCACCGACUUACAACAAUACGGAACGUGGACAAGAUAUACGUGUUCAAAAACGGACAGGUCGUCGAGGUUGGUAACCACGAGGAUCUGAUGACCCAGAAAAGUCACUACUAUGACAUGGUCAUGUUGCAGUACUCACCAGACUUUGGCGAAGACAAUGAAAGUAAAGCUUUAACGCGGACUGCGUCUGUGGUCAGUGAAAAGGAUGAAGAUGAAUUCCUCGAAACUAAGAUACCUGAAUCAAAAGAAAUAGACGAACAACCGAACGUAUCAUUCUUCAAAGUGGUCAGUCUAAACAAACCGGAGUGGAAGUCAGUCACAGCGGCCAGUAUCUCGUCUCUGGUCAGCGGAUUUGCUAUGCCGCUACUUGGUGUUGUUCUUGGUGAUUUUAUCGGCGUCCUGGCUAAUCCGGACACUGAUGCAGUGCAAGCAGAAGUGAGAAAAUAUUCGCUUAUAUUUGUCGGAGUCGGUGUGUUCAGUGGCAUUGCUAACUUUUUGACGGUGUCAAUGUACGGGAUAGCCGGAGAAUAUCUGACACAACGAUUAAGGAGACUAAUGUUGGAAAAGUUGAUGCAACAGGAGAUUGGAUUCUACGACGACAAAGCCAAUUCGACUGGCGCUUUGUGUGCUAGGCUUUCUGGGGAAGCUGCUACAGUACAGGGGGCCACAGGACAACGAAUCGGUACAGUUCUUCAAGCCUUUGGUACAUUCUCAUUUGCUCUAGGUGUCUCAUUGUACUACGAAUGGCGGUUGGGAUUGGUAGCCUUGACUUUUGUGCCUUUUUUGGCCGCAGUGUUGUACAAAGAAGGUAGAAUGGUUAGCGCACAAUCAUUCGGAACUGCUAAAACAAUGGAGACAAGCUCCAAGAUUGCUGUCGAGGCAGUUGCUAAUGUGAGAACGGUAGCAUCGUUGGGACGUGAGGAGACAUUCCUCAAAGAGUAUGCAACUCAGCUUCUUCCAGCCGUACACUUGGCCAAGAGAACCGCGCACUGGCGUGGCAUUGUCUUUGGCCUAUCACGAGGAUUGUUCAACUUUAUUUACGCUGCAACAUUGUAUUACGGAGGGACUCUUAUGGUCAACGAGCAAAUCGAAUAUGGAAUUAUCUUGAAGUCAGCCCAAACACUCCUUAUGGGUUCUGCGUCAGCAACACAGGCUUUUGCUUUUGCACCUAAUUUUCAGAAGGGAAUAAAGGCUGCAGGGCGUGUGAUGGUCCUUUUAAAAAGAGAAUCCAAAAUAAAAGACCCAGAUACUCCAGCAGCAGUAAAUUUCCGUGGAACGGGCGAGGCUAGCUUACAAAAUGUUAGCUUCAAAUAUCCAACGCGACCCUUGGUACAAGUGCUUAACAGUCUUAAUUUAGAAAUUGAGAAAGGAAAGACGAUUGCUUUAGUCGGUUCCAGUGGUUGUGGUAAAAGUACUAUAAUCCAACUUCUCGAAAGAUACUACGAUUCAGAUGAAGGUAUUGUGGCCCAAGACGGCAUACCUUUGCCAAAGUUAUGCCUUGCUGAUGUCCGACAAACUAUAGGAUUUGUUCAACAGGAACCUAUUCUAUUUGACCGAACGAUUGGAGAAAACAUCGCAUACGGUGAUAACUCUAGGAAACCUAAUAUGGAUGAAAUCAUAGAUGCAGCUAAACAAGCUAACAUACAUAAUUUUAUUGUUUCACUUCCUAUGGGUUACGACACUAAUAUAGGAUCUAAAGGUACCCAAUUAUCUGGUGGACAGAAACAAAGAGUAGCCAUUGCGAGGGCGUUGAUUCGACGACCACAAAUGUUGUUACUGGACGAAGCUACAAGUGCUUUAGAUACAGAAAGUGAAAAGGUGGUGCAGGAGGCGCUGGACGCAGCCAAGGCCGGGCGCACGUGCGUGAUGAUCGCACACCGGCUGAGCACGGUGCGGGACGCGGACCGCAUCUGUGUGCUGAGUGACGGCAGAGUGGCAGAGGCCGGAGAUCAUAACCAACUCAUGCAGCUCAAGGGACUCUAUUAUAAACUAAAUCGACGAGGAUACGCUUGAUCUUUUUCUAUUAUUUAGGCAACGUGAAAAAUCUAAAGCUGCCUGUCCAUUGACGCGGAACUAAUAAUCAGAGUGGUGAAAGGAAUUAAUAUGGAUUAGUAAAUUAUGGACUUAGUUUAUCCAUUAAAUUAGGGCGGUUGUAGGUCAUAAUUAAUACGCGACGACUCAUUUAUAAGUCACACGACACGGGUGAAGUCCGACGCUUUUUUGUUAUUGGUGAAUGAGAAUGACGUCUCUAGAGUUCAACCUUUUCCGAAAUUAUGGUAACUGGUAAAAAGAAAAACUUUUGGCUCUUUACGAAGCAACAAAGCGCAGGGUAGAGGCUAAUGACAAGCGGUCAGAGAUACUGACGGGCUCUACUGUGUACAAGAAUGCGUAUCGAUUUAUGAGUGUAAAAGAGGUAGUGCAAAAGAUUAAAUUGGGCAUGUCAGCUUGACACAAAACCUAAUCCCAUGAUUAAGACUCAAUUAUCGAAAAAGUAUCUUGCUCUCCUUUCAAUACACGGAUUGAAUUAAUUUUUAUGUAGAGUGGACUUAAAAGUUCUACUUGUCAAAAUUUGUACUGCUUCGCUCCACUUCUCUCUUCUUCCCGUCAGUGGACGGGCAGCUUAAUGUGUAAAUGAAUAAUUUAGGCUUAAUACGUAAUAGUUUUUAAACUUUAAUAAGUGCUUGUUUAUUUAUUUAUACUUAAGUUUAAAAAAAUCUGUACAUAUUGUAAGUUUGUUUAUAUAAGCUAAAUAGUAAUAAAUAAUAUCUACAGGAUUUACUAGAAAAAAUGCCAGCCAUGUCAGAAUUUUAUUCACUUAAUAGUGUUGCAAGGUAGAACUAGAAACGAAAUGUAAACAGAUUUUUCAAUACACUUGUACGUAACGUG